GAACUUGGGUACUCCAUGGGAGUGUGUGCAAAGAUUUAGGGCAAAAUGCAAUCGCCGUUGUCAUUUUCAGACGAUUAUGCCUCCGUUUUUCAGCAACAGAUCCGAGCUUUCAGGGAAAAGCUGGAUUUGGAGUGCAAGAGUAGAGUGAUAGUUGAGGAUAGGAUCAGUCAACUACCGGAUGGUGUUCUUCGUCACAUACUUUCCUUUGUUCCGACAAAGUAUGCUGUGAGAACCAGCAUAUUGUCUACAAGAUGGAAGGACAUGUGGACUUGUGUUCCCUAUCUGUAUUUAACCGACUUACAGUUCUCUUCCUCUGCUGAUUUCAUAGAGUUUGUUGAUCGAGCACUUCUUGUUCGCGAUUCAGCAGCCAUUCAAAAAUUCCAUCUUGAUUUCAAUAAUUGUCAUGCUGAGGAUUUGUAUCGUAUUGGUGGUUGGAUACAAACUGCCGUCAUGUGUAAUGUUGUGGAGCUAGAUCUUUCUGUUUAUUCAGAUGCAGAAGAGAUGCUUGAGUUGCCCGAGAGUCUUUUGACUUGCAAAACACUAGAGGCUUUGAAGCUGCGGUCAAAUAGUAUCAAAAUUCCUACAUCAGGGUGUUGCCCAAAGCUCAAGUUCCUCUAUGUUAAGUUUUCUUAUCCUGAUAAUGACUCGAUGGAUUUUUCUCAGUUCCCUGCGCUUGAAUAUUUGAGAAUAGGUGGAUCACUUGGAUACAAUGGUUUUAGUUUCAACAUCUCUGUGCCAGAACUGAAGAGUUUAAGGAUAAGUUUAGAACCUAGAGAUCUUGGUGAACCAUGGAAUUUUCUCAUAAAUGCCCCAAAACUUGAAAAGCUUGAUGUCAGUGAGGGAUUUUUGUCAAAUUAUACCUUCGAGAGUACAAAAUCUCUAGUCGAAGCCAGUAUUGAUAUCAUUACCUUGGACGAUGAUGAAAGCGAUGCCUCUGCUAACCGUGCAACUAAGUUUCUGGCUGGAAUUUCCGGUGUUAAAUGUCUGACUCUUUCAUCUCCUUUCUCUAUGGCUUGCUCUAUGCCUGUCUUUGAGAAUUUGAGCAAAUUGACGCUACUUCGUGAUGGUCACUGGUGGAAAAUUCUAAUGAAGUUUCUCGAUAGAUCACCUAAUAUAGAAUCUUUUGUCAUAAACCAUGAGUCUUAUCCACCCACCCGCUAUCUUGCUGGGGAGGAAGAGAUGGUGAUUGACCUUUCAGGCUGCAGGAGGAACCCAGAUUAUGUAGAAGUGCUGUACUGGAGUCCACCAGAGUCUGUUCCCAAGUGUUUGUUGUCAUCCCUCAAGACUAUCACCAUAAAGGGGUUCAAAGGAAAGGAGUUCUUUGGAUAUCUAGAUGAGAUGGAAUUGAUUAAGUAUCUGUUAAAGAAUUGUCUGGUUCUGGAGAAGAUGACUAUUUAUACUCCUGGUCUAUGUUGGGGUACACAAGAAGAAUUCUAUAAUGAAAUUUCAGAAGCUGAAUGGGGUUCAAAGGCUGUUCAAGUUCAAAUGAUCAAGAAGGAAUUUUAUAGGGCUGAUGGAUUCUAUAGUUUUAGAGCUAAAAGUGUCUACUCCGACGAUUAAUUAGUCGCUGGAAACUACCAGUUUAAUCCCCUUUCUUUCGUUUUUCUCUCUGUUCAUCUUAUG